UGAAAUAAUAUAAUGACAGCGAGUUCUUGGUGUCAAAAUAUUUUAGGUUAUGUUGCUGUCUACAAACACGAUUGGAUCCUGAAAUUAAUUUAAAUUAUGUGCAAUAAUGUCAAAAUUACGACAAAUAAUUCUAUCAUCAUAUUGCCGCUAUUAUAGUGCUCAGCAGGCCAAGAAGAAACUACCGAUAAUAUCGUGUAAACGUCCCGAAUUCAAUCACUAUGAGGGCCAAACUUAUAAAAAGUUUGAGGGAGUCAAACUGGCUUCUAAGGGCUGGCUCCACGCUAAGUCUAAGGGAGACUACUUUGUGAUAUAUGGUGAUGCAAACAAGAAGGUAGAAAAAGAGGUGUACAAGAAAAGUUUUGAGGAAAUUGGCGUGUCGAAUGAGUUGAUUGAGGUUAUGACUAGUCAAGGAAUUUCGUUGCCUACGGAGAUUCAGACUAAAGCAAUACCGUCGAUUUUAAAAGGCAAUAACACUGUAGUCACGGCUGAGACGGGAUGUGGCAAGACGCUGGCGUAUUUGCUCCCAAUUUUCCAGCACAUACUACAGUGGAAACCAAACAUAGAUGAGGAGUUUAACAGUCCGUUAGCAGUUGUUAUUACUCCAAAUAGAGAACUAGCAACACAGAUUGGGGAGGUCGCCCAGAACAUAGCUCAGAGCUUGAAUCUAAAUGUAACCACACUUGUUGGCGGUAAAACCAAGCAGAAGAUGCUGGAUCCCCCAAUAGAAUACUGUGAUAUACUUGUCACAACCCUAGGAGCGUACAGCAAGCUGGUUACGACUGGUAUUUUUAAGUUACACAAUGUCCACCAUGUGGUUCUGGAUGAAGCGGAUUCUUUGCUUGAUGAUAGCUUUAUUGGAAAAGUAUCAAACUUGAUGAAGAAGUUUUCUAUACGUCACAAAGUGGAAAUCCAGACGCCUCCAGUGGGUUGCCAAGUGACCUUUGUGAGUGCCACGAUGCCUCAUGAAUUACCAGCAACAGUCAACUCAUUCGUUGAUCCUGAAUCUUUAAAAACUGUGACCACCUCUAACGUACAUAGAAUAUUGCCACAUGUGCCUCAAAAGUUCCUCCGGCUUGGCAAAGCCCAUAAACCAGCUGAGCUCUUGAAGUUAGUCCAGGCAGACAUGAAUAUGAAGCACCCAGUGAUGAUAUUCUCCAACCAAACGUCCACUUGCGACUUCGUGUCGAUGUUCCUUAACGAGAAUAACAUUGAAUGCAUCAAUAUAAACGGACAGAUGGCCGUUGCUUUGAAAAUGGGGAAGUUUGAUCUGUUCAAGAGUGGCAAAGUUAAUGUGCUGUCUUGUACAGAUAUAGCAUCGCGUGGAUUGGAUACUACUCGUGUUCAACACAUAAUCAACUACGAUUUCCCACUAUACACUGCCGACUACAUCCAUCGCUGCGGGCGCACCGGUCGCAUCGGCUCCUCCCAAAACUGCCACGUCACGAAUUUCAUUGCUUGGCCAAGAGAAGUGCAGCAAGUCCAGAAAAUCGAGGCCUCUGUGAGGAAGCACAGUGAACUGCCAAGCGUGAACGCUAACAUAAAAAGGAUAAUUGAAGAUAGGAUAGUGAAGAUGGUCGAUUCUGGUGCAAUCAGGAACGUGGCGUAGGUUAGUGUACAGUUUAUGUUAGAUGAAAUAGACUGAUGUUACAAA